AUGAAGGGAGAGACAUUGGGCUUAAUACUUGGGUUAUCAAUUGGGGUAGUGGUUGGAUUGUCUUUGGCCAUAGCCGCAUUUUUUUGUUUGAAGUGUCACAAGAAGCGGCCACACAUAGAGAAAAGCACUUCUUUGAAGGCUGCUAAUAUCCCUAUACGCGUAAAUGGGGCUGAUUCUUGUACAAUCUUGUCGGACUCAUCUCUCGGGACCGAGUCACCCAAGUCUGCCAUGCCAAAAGGUAUGCUGUUGUGGCUCGGGGGAAUGAAGAAGACCAAUAUGGUUUCUGCAUCGGGAAUAGUAGAGUAUUCUUACAAGGAUCUGCAGAAAGCAACCUAUAAUUUUACCACCUUGAUUGGUCAAGGGGCAUUUGGCCCCGUUUACAAAGCUCAGAUGAUGUCUGGUGAGACUGUGGCUGUAAAAGUGCUCGCAACUGAUUCAAAGCAAGGGGAGAGAGAGUUCCAAACAGAGGUUAUGUUAUUGGCAAGGCUACAUCACAGGAACCUUGUGAAUUUGGUGGGCUACUGUGCUGAGAAGAACCAGCAUAUGCUUAUAUACGUCUACAUGAAGCGAGGAAGUUUGGCUUCUCAUUUGUAUGAUGAAAAACUUGGAGCACUGAAAUGGGAAUUAAGGGUUCUAAUAGCACUUGAUGUGGCUAGGGGCUUGGAGUAUCUUCAUGAUGGAGCAGUUCCUCCAGUGAUACAUCGUGACAUCAAAUCUUCCAAUAUCUUAUUGGACCAGUAUAUGAGAGCAAGGGUUGCGGACUUUGGACUUUCAAGGGAAGAGAUGGUUAAUGGGAAAGUGGGCAAUGUUCGAGGGACUUUUGGGUAUCUUGAUCCUGAAUACAUAUCUUCACGGUCAUUUACAAAGAAAAGUGAUGUUUACAGCUACGGGGUGCUGUUAUUCGAACUUAUUGCAGCAAGAAAUCCUCAACAGGGUCUUAUGGAGUAUGUUGAGCUAGCAACCAUGAACAAUAAUGAAGGGAAAGUUGGGUGGGAGGAGAUAGUCGAUCCUCGUCUGGACGGGAAAUUCGAUAUAGAAGAACUCGAUGAGGUUGCCACUCUUGCCCACAAAUGCGUGAAUCGUGUGGCGAGAAGAAGGCCAUCCAUGAGGGACAUUGUUCUUGUGCUCUCAAGGGUUCUCAAAUCCCGAUAUAGUAAGAGGCGUAAAAAUAAUUCGUCUACUCCCAGGGGAGAUGAGGUAAUCGUCAACUUGGAUCAGUUAGACCGGCGGUCCGCACAUCCUGAACAUCGGAGGGUGGAAUCUUUGGACAGCAUGCCGGACUCGGUUGAUGUUUAG